UGUUGUUAACAGGGUUUAGCUAGUCCAAUGUAGUGUACGAUGAGGCCCGGUUAAGUAACGACAGAAUUUGGGGAACUUUGAAGAGCCAUAGGGAUUAUCGUUGAUCCAGCAUCCUUAAGACUUUCUGACCCGCGGGCAGAUUUUUUUUUUUUAUUUAUUUUUUAGAUCACACCCACAAGUCACAUCUGAUGGGCCAGCAGUUAACAGUUGUUAGCAGUUGUUAACGUCCUUUGUGUCUGUACGUGGAACGUCAGCCAGCAAUGGCCACUCAUUUCCGUAGCUACAUCUGGGACCCGGUCCUCAUCGUGUGCCAGAUCGUGCUGAUGCAGUGCAUCUACUACAGCUUUUUGGGCCUGUGGUUGGCUGGAGUGGACAGCCUUGUGCAGAGUAGUCGGUCAUUGGACCAGAUCUUCAGCUAUCAAGCUCUCGGUUUUGCAACCGUGCAAGGCAGGCUCUCAAUGAUGGCAUUCAUCUUGAAUUCUCUUACCUGCGCCCUCGGUCUGUGGUUCUUCAUCCGCCGAGGGAAACAGUGCCUGGACUUCACGGUCACCGUGCACUUCUUCCACAUGAUCGGCUGCUGGAUAUAUAACGCUCAUCUUCCAGCUGCCUUGUCCUGGUGGCUCGUCAACAUAGCUUGCAUGGCGUUGAUGGCUGUAAUUGGAGAGUACCUGUGCAUGCGGACUGAGCUCAGGGCAAUUCCAGUCAACACUGGACCGAAAUCUAAUCUGUGAAUUUUCUUUGGUGACGGGCUGAAAGAUUGUGAAGGGUAAUUCUUGAGGGACUCACUGAGGAGGGUUUUUUUCCACCCUCCACUCUUGGAAAAGAAAAAGAACAUGAACCUCUGUCAGCACGCAUGUCGGAUUUUCGUGCUUUGUCUGUUUCCAUCAAGUGGUUCACCCUCCCGGACCUGAUCUAUUUAUUCAUAGCUGCACAUUAAAUAUUGGACAGUGCAAAUUUGUAGCAUAUUAAGACACCUGUUUUAAGUCUUUUGAAAGCACAUGCCAGUUUACAUCCUCCUCUAAACUAAAUGACUACAAAUGUUUUUUAAGUAAGUUUUUAUGUUGAAAUUCAUUAUUUUCAUUCCUUAAUUUUAAGACUUUUUUUUCUGAUUGUUGUUAAAUUUAGCAGACAUACACAUACGCAAAUUAAAAAGCUCUGUCCUAACAGCACUUUAAAGAUGACAUCAAAGUUUUAGUUACUGCUUCUUAAAGCUGCUUUUAAACGUUAAAUAUGGGGAGAAAUGUGUUUUUAGACAACAAAAAGGUACAGUGCUUAGCAGAUUUAUUAGAUCAUCUGUCACAAAGACAAAUAUUUUAGAAAUCUGUCAAAAAACUUCACCUACAAAAACAAAUGUUUCAAAUCUGUAAUGGAUGUAAAACAACAACUGUAAUUUGGCACCUUAAUAAAGAAAAAGUGCUUUUGCACCAUUUUAGCUCUUUUCUUUGGUAAAACUGUAAAUUUGAAAAUAAUUGAUAAUAAUUAUAUUUUAGUACUAAAAAUAUCAUUUCAGCUGCACAUACUGGUGGAUUAACCAUUACAGAAAAAUAAAAAAUUAUUUUUAUUGGUAAUUUAGGGCAGCUGUGGCAUAAAUCUUACACUGGUGGUCUAAUAAAUUUGUUAAGCACUGUAUGCUAAUCAGUAGGUCAUCAUGUAAAUCCAAAUAUAGGAAAGAUUUUAUGCGUCAUAAUUCGAGCUCAAUAAGUGGUCCAAAGUAAUAAAAACCAGGCUCAAUUUGAUGUUUCCUACAUUCAGCCUCCUAAUCCUUGUUAAAUGCUUUUCUUUUUGAGUCUGUACCACAUUUUGCACAGCAAGCAUUGUUGGGUUCUGUCUCUUUAUGGCAUGAUGUAUUAUGCAAACCGUUUGGCCACUUUGGGGACAGUUUGUCAGCCACCAGCUGCGUUCUGACAGCUGGCUUUGUCUGUGCUUCUGAAAAAUUGCUGUUUGGGGAGGAUGUGAUGGGGAAAGUCCUAAAAUGUGCGGCUCUGAUGUCUUUUUUUUUUCCUCCUUUUUGGAGCAGUGUCAGACUGCUCAUUUCGCUGGUGACGUUUAAACUCUUAACAGAAUUGACUUUUUGUCUUUAAUGUGUUACAGCUCAUGCUACACACGCUCGAGAUGCUCUUCUUUAGACUAUCAGUUUAAAACCUUUGCAGCUUUGAUGGUGCGGAUGAUGCAGUGUCUUGUUUUGCAGUCACGUUUUCCUAAGGUGUGAAAUGAGUUUAUAAUUAUGAUGCAGGGGGCGAUAUUGGAAGGUGCAGCCUCAAAUUGGAAAGCAGCUCCCAUUCAAGCUGCUUUGAGUAGGAACAGAAAAAGCUAGCCUGUCCAAAGAAUGUAAUCCAUCACCUCUCAAGGUAAUUAGCGUGGUAUAUCGAUGACUUGUUGUCUUAAAUAUGCAUAAUAUUAUAAUGAGGGAGGUCUUGCCUGAGCUGCUAGUAAGCAAGAAGUGAAAAGUGUCAGGAUUUCUUCCCAUCCUCCCAUUUAAGCAGUAGCUUCAUAUUUACUCCACAGAAGAGAUGUCAGGCUUAAAGUCCACUUUGAUCUUAUGUGGGCCGAACCAGUAAAACUCCAGUUUCUGUCCGUGUACACAUUUCAUCUUAAUGUAAGAUAAAAGUGCAAUUUUAACAGUAUGACUUGGUUUUUUUUACAUGACAAAGAAAUGCAGCGCUAUUGUAAAUGAAAGAAAACCUGUCAGUGCAACCUGUUGGGCUUCACUGUAAGAAGUAAAUGUGUAAAAUACAGGAGUCUGUAACUUAA